AUGGAACCCCCUUCACCCCGCCCUCCAGCACCGAAGGUGCCCUCGACCGUCAGUCAAUGGAGAGCCAGCGCGCGCGGUUGCCACGUCCUGACCAAAAAUCCAAGCAAGCUCGAGUGUCUGCACCCAGGUUCAAAGGUCACGUUCAAGGAAUAUCUCAGCAUGAGGAUUAUUCGGAGGGUCUCCAACAUCACCGAAUUCUUCGACCGAGAAACUGAAGGCAGAGCCAAAGAGAUGGUUAAGGGGGACGAAGCAAUACAGACGUGGCUCUCAUACAUCGAAACAGACCAGUACCCAACCGACCGCAAGCUUAGCAUGUUCGCCCUAGUGAGACAGGGUCAGCUUGCGAUAGUAGCUUCGGAUUCCCAGGAACCUUCCCAGACAGUUGAACUUCGGCGUCGAGAUCGACCUCAAGCUCUUCAACUAUCAGCAGAUACCGCGGGACGCAGUCCUAGUGCUGCCGCUUCAAGUGUGCCAACGGAAGUGUCUACUGCAGCCUCGAGGAACGUGUCUUUUGGAGAAGUCCAAUUAACCGCAUAUGUCGACAGGUACCUUAUGGGAGUUAAGAAAAGCGAUAUCUUUGCUAUUGUGGAGGUAAAGGCAGGAAUCCGGGACCCCAAGCAAUAUCCGUUGGUCGAGUGGCAAGAAGGCGCAGAAAUGGUUAGCUGGAUCAUGAAUGAUGAGGAGAAUCUACGACGUCAUCCAUUCGAAACGCGCCUCUUAAUCUCUUUGAAUCGACAUGAUAUGUAUUUGACACUUGCCCGCUACCACGAGGACUAUGUAAAGUUCCUAAAGGGAGAAUUUCAAGGGUUGAAGAGCUACCCCGAGAAUAGAUUCCUCCACUUGCACGAGUACGGUCCAUGGGAUAUCGGCAAGAAAUCUCACAUGAGGGAUCUGGCUGAAAUCAUCGUAGGUUUUUCUCUCCGUGUCAAAGAUGAACAGGCUAGAUUGGCUGUGCUAUCAGGGAGUGGUACUGACGGGGUGUGA